UCAGGGUUUUUUCUAUCGACUCUAUGGCUGUAACUGUGGAGGUGAAGGAGCUCUGCUUCACGUACCCGGGGAUCGAUGGAAAUGCCGCACCAGGAGCAAAGCCGCUUGUCCAGGGAUUUUCCCUCACGCUGCGAGCCGGGGAUCGAUGCUUGCUCAUCGGCGCCAAUGGGGCAGGGAAGACUACUGUGCUCAAGAUUAUCGGUGGCAAGCACUUCGUGCAUCCGGAUAUGGUGCGCGUCCUCGGCAAAUCGGCCUUCCACGAUACCUCCAUCACUUGCUCUGGCGAUCUAUCGUACCUUGGCGGGGAGUGGAGGCGAGAUGUCGCGUUUGCGGGAUUCGAUGUACCAAUCCAAAUGGACAUCUCCGCGGGAAAGAUGAUUCUGGGAGUAGCUGGUACCGACGAAGAGCGUCGAAAGAAGUUGAUUCAGGUUCUCGACAUUGAUCUUAACUGGAGAAUGCACAAGGUCUCUGAUGGCCAGCGAAGACGUGUCCAGAUUUGCAUGGGUCUCCUGAAACCAUUCAAGGUGUUAUUGCUAGAUGAGAUCACCGUCGACCUGGACGUGCUCGCGCGAUCAGACCUUCUCGCGUUUCUCAAGUCCGAGUGCCUGGACCGUGGAGCAACUAUCAUCUACGCAACUCAUAUCUUCGACGGGCUUGAGUCAUGGCCUUCUCAUAUUGCUUAUCUGGCAAGCGGUAGACUCCAGAUCAUGAAACCUCUCCACGAGAUUCCAGAGCUCAAGGAGUUAUCUCUCAUGAGAACGGUUGAGAAAUGGUUGCGGAAGGAGACUAACGAGCAGAGAAAGGCCAGAAAGCUCAGGCUAGAACAAGGGCUGCCAGAAUUUGAGGACCGGAUCGAAGGUAGCCGUGUCAUUGGCGGAAGAGAAAAGGCGUUACCACUGAACAACGGAUGGAUCGAAGGCAGGAUGACGUCCAGCCUUGCAGGACAGGAGGAUCCUUUCAACCUUAGCUCCAACCGAGUUCUUCGACUGUGAUGGUAACUUCCAGUAGUUCCAGCAGCGACAAAUAAGCUCAGCGUGUUUUUACGCAA